UCUUCUUCCGUGGGGUGUUCGCAUCUUCGGGCAACUCGACUGAAAAGCCCCUCUUGAAGGGACAAGGAGUGACCUCAUAUCGAAUAAUUGCGCGAAGAACCUGCUUCAAUUUUUCCACUUGCUCCUUAUCUUGCUCUGUUUCGUUUGGUAGUUCAAUACGGUAAUAGAGCCUGCACGACGUUACCAGACUUGAGAAAUAUGGUUGACCCGGGGACAUGUUCGAUUUUCAAAUUACCCAGGGCCACUGUCCUCUCUGUCGAUAGGCGCCACGGCAGGGUCUCGACAGCAUCGACCACAUAGUCAAGAUCUGAGGAAAUAUCGCUGGGUGGGGGGAUUUGGGCGGACUUGGGGAGUUCGAAUUUCACGAUUUUGGCAUCGCUGUGGUGGAAUAACACCUCGUUGGAAAGCGAAGCCGCGCCAUCCACGGAAUCUAGGCUAUGACGCAGCCUCACAGGCAGGGUGUUGGAGCGCUGAAGGGGUUUGGCAGGGUCCAUUAAGUCAGUCAUCCGCAGCGGCGGGAACAGUCAAAGAAAGUUGACAUGGAAUAGAAAUCACAGAGAGCAAGGCUUUACGGAAAUGCCGUAGAUGUAUGAAAACAGAAUUGCGAGCGGAUGAGGAAGUAACCGUUAAAAGAAUGGACGAAGACUGUAUCAGAACAGAGGAUGAAAUUGGGUGUUAUGGCGGCAGUGGGGGUGUUGUGGAGAUCGAUGGGAUCAACCCGGACAGGGGAUGGCUGGCGCUUAAAUAACUAGUUAACUAGGAGCUUAGAGCUUAACUAGCCGCGCCAUCAUCAAACAUUCAUUCACCUUUCAAACAACUUCCAUCCAAGAGAAUAAAUAUACAUGUUGACAAAAAGACCUCCUUCUCUGCUCUCCACAGUCUAUCAUCUGCCAUCAGCUGGCUGUAUGAUCUAGAUAUUGCCACCCAAGGAAUCAGCCAUGUCUAAUUUCGAACCAAAUGCCAUUAUUCGCGGAGCCCAACUUACACUAGUAGGAGCCCAUAGAGCUCUUCAGAACCCGUCACUAUUUAAAUCGGUGCAUUACAGGCAAGCAGCCCUAGCAGUCUGUGCCGGGAUUGCUAUUCGACUAAUUAUUUCUAUUCCGGUUGUUGGCGUAAAGUUCGUGAUAUGGCUUCUCUCCUGGGUCAUCGACCUGGAGGCGGCAACCUGGGACGAUAAGAUACUCAGCCGUCUUGACUUUGUAUCAACAUACGUUCUUCAGGUGCCAUUCUUAUUAAUGACCUUAAUGCGCUAUGUUACCCCUACUUUGGAUGACAUGUUUAUGGAAUCCCUCCGAUGGGUUGAUUCGACCUACAUCCAGAAACACAAGUCCGAUAACCCAGAGAGUUUGCGAGCUUUGUAUUAUCCCCAUCUCAGGAUGUAUUCGACCAAGAAAGAUAGUUCCACCGUCUCGAGUUUGGGCUCGUCUUUUAAGACCUUUGUGACCCGAUAUGGCCGGAGAACUGCCCUCUCGCUUGCUGUAUACAUGGUCUCGCUACUUCCAGUUGUUGGGCGAUUUGUGAUUCCAGCUGCGAGCUUCUACACCUUUAAUAAAGCCGUAGGACCUAUACCGGCUCUCGUCGUAUUUGGCUCAGGACUUGUUGUCCCAAAAAGAAUUUUAGUGAUGUUUUUGCAAAGUUAUUUUUCGUCUCGUAGUCUGAUGCGAGAGCUGCUUGAACCAUAUUUCUCCCGUAUAAAGUUCACCAGAGAACAAAAACGGCUCUGGUUUCGGGAUCGUGAAGGUGUCCUUUUCGGAUUUGCGAUUGGCUUCUAUACUAUGCUUAGAGUACCUCUCCUCGGAGUUCUACUAUAUGGUAUCGCAGAAGCUUCGACGGCAUAUUUAAUCACCAAAAUUACUGAUCCGCCCCCUCCACCGGCAUACUCCGAGGGUUUUGCGGCAGGUCAGAUAAGGUGGAGAAACAAGCAUGCAUUCUUACGAUUAUCAUUGGAUUCUCUAGAUGUGUACAAUAUUAAGGCUGCUGGCGAGGGAGAGGCUGCCGACAAGGGAGAUGGCAGGGGGCCGCAGAAGAAGUUCAGCUGAAGUUCUAAGGGUAGGGGGUUGAAUUACGUCUGUACGGACUACUAAUUAUUCACGGCCUAGAAAACCAAAUGCAUUACUUUGGGCGUUUUUUGUUUAGUUAUUUCUUGGGUACACUAUGUGAAUGACUCUGGGUUGCCAGGUUUUUGCCUAGAUUUCUCUACCAUGCUAAUUUUAGGGAAUUUACCUCUGGCGCGAUGGAAUUACUUGCAUUAACUGAAGUAUUUUGCUCGGAUAUGCCCUCCACGUUUUUUCAAUUCAAUCCAAACUUUGAGAAGUAUCAUUCAAUCUACAACCAUUCCCCCAUGAUCUUUUUUGAGGCAUUCCCUGCUGGACGUUAUAUUCAAUUUAGAAUAUCCCCGAGAUCCUUGGACCAUUCCCUUCCGCGAGAGAGCAUUUCUUCACCUCCAGCCCCCCUACAUAUUAAGCCUUCCUGGCCCCAUUUCGAUAACGCUCGUUCUUUGAGUCUCUCCCUCAUAUGAAUCCCUUCUAUCCACCAAUUUUCGACCGACUAGGUGGGCUAGAUAAGAGGACCUAGCCUAUCAAAUUUACUUCUAUGAAUCUGGGAUAACUUAUGCUGACCAGCAUGAUACCUAUUUCCACUUACACGAUUUAUAUUCGUGGCGUUUAAUAUUUACUCUCCUUACAUCUUAGGAACCCUAUCAUCAUAUUGUGAGGGUCUAUAUUCUACUAUCUAACUUUAAGGUCGGGUAGAAGAAAUACCCGCCUUUCGUCAAUGGGCGACACACUACCCUCCGAGGGAGAAGCACAGGUCAAAUGAUGCUUGAAUAGACAGCGG